CGGUCCCGGCUCAGGUGGUGCGGUCCGGUCUGGAGCAGGAAGUGGGAAGCAGGAAGACUGCGGCCGGGAGCGCUCACGAUCUCUCUUCAUAAUCAUAACUAUUAUUACAUUCUCUGCGAGCCUUAUUCGUUAAACAGCACGUGCAUUAAGGAGACCGUCGAAGUACACCGUCAUGUGGAAGGCAGCUGCAGGUCAGUCCGUCUCUGUUGCAGUGGAUGAUGGAGGAGAUGAUUGGGAAACAGACCCGGACUUUGAGAAUGAUGUUUCCGAGAAGGAGCAGCGCUGGGGUGCCAAGACUGUGGCCGGCUCUGGACAUCAGGAGCACAUCAAUAUUCAUAAGCUGCGUGAGAGAGUGUCGUCUGAACACAGUGAGCUGAAGCAGAAGGAGCUGGAGCACAUGCCCAAAGCGUCUCACGGUUACGGAGGAAAGUUUGGACUGCAGCAGGACCGCAUGGACAAGUCUGCCGUGGGACACGAGUAUCAGAGCAAGCUGUCCAAACACUGCUCCCAGACGGACACCUCCAAGGGUUUCGGAGGUAAAUUCGGCGUGGAAGCUGACCGUGUUGACCAGUCUGCCGUGGGCUUCGAGUAUGCCGGGAAAACCGAAAAACACGCCUCGCAGAAAGACUACGCCACCGGGUUUGGGGGCCGCUACGGCGUGCAGGAGGAUCGCGUGGACCAGAGCGCUGUCGGCUUCGAUUAUCAGGGGAAAACAGAAAAGCACGAGUCACAGAAAGAUUACACCAAAGGCUUUGGUGGCAAAUUUGGAGUGGAGACGGAUAAAGUGGACAAGAGCGCCAUGGGCUUCGAGUACCAGGGAAAGACUGAGAAACACGAGUCUCAGAAAGACUAUGUAAGGGGCUUCGGAGGGAAGUUUGGCGUUCAGACGGACCGUCAGGAUAAGUCUGCGGUGGGAUGGGAUCAUCAGGAGAAACUGCAGCUGCACGAGUCACAGAAAGACUACGCCACCGGGUUUGGGGGCCGCUACGGCGUGCAGGAGGAUCGCGUGGACCAGAGCGCUGUCGGCUUCGAUUAUCAGGGGAAAACAGAAAAGCACGAGUCACAGAAAGAUUACACCAAAGGCUUUGGUGGCAAAUUUGGAGUGGAGACGGAUAAAGUGGACAAGAGCGCCAUGGGCUUCGAGUACCAGGGAAAGACUGAGAAACACGAGUCUCAGAAAGACUAUGUAAGGGGCUUCGGAGGGAAGUUUGGCGUUCAGACGGACCGUCAGGAUAAGUCUGCGGUGGGAUGGGAUCAUCAGGAGAAACUGCAGCUGCACGAGUCACAGAAAGAUUAUGCCAAAGGAUUUGGAGGGAAGUAUGGUGUGCAGAAAGACCGAAUGGACAAGAGCGCCGGCAGGUUUGAGGAGGUGGAGAAGCCGAGCACGGCGUAUCAGAAGACCCGUCCUGUGGAAGCAGCUGGCAGCGGCGCUGGAAGUAUUAAAGCUCGCUUUGAGAACAUUGCGAAGCAGAAGGAGGAGGAGGACCGGAGGAGAGCCGAAGAGGAGCGUGCUAGACGACAGGCCAAGGAGAAGCAGGAGCAGGAGGAGGCGCGCACAAAGCAGAAGGUGUUUUUCUGUCGGUCAACACACGCCUGUCUGUUUGCUGAGAAACAAUAUGAUAUUACUGGAGUUGGCUAUCCCGCUGGAGCAGCAAGGGUUACCUGGUGCAGCUUUAUGCAGGUGUGUGCUCUCAGUGCUUCGGUGACGUGUGUGUGUGUGUGUGUGUGUGUGUGUGUGUGUGUUUCAGGGGCUCAGUCGUACGAGUUUGGAGAGGAUCUCGGCGUGACUGCCGUGGCUCUGUACGACUAUCAGGCUGGUGAGUGAACAAUCUGAGGAGUUUGACUUUAC